AAAGCAGACCCUAUAUGGCUAUAGAACCUAUGCCACUAGCGAAUUAGAUAACUAGGGUGGAAAAGAAUGUGGCAUUACAACAUAAUCUGCACAUACGCGUGGGAGGUUAUCCAUGCAAUUCUCUUCCCUGCCCUUUGCAAGUAAUUCUCGUUCUCCAAUAUAAUUGUUUUUCUGGCAUUGUACGUAUUGUUAACUGGACAUGGGUGGUGGAUCUUGAUUCACAGCUUGGGGGUAACUGUUGCUUGGGGUUAACUGUUGUAACUUCUCGGAGCCGGAUUCGCCAAAUGCCCUGGGUUUGUGCAUUUUAUUUGGGUAGUUGACAGCACCAGAAGCGGGAACAGAGGGUUUCUUUAGGUGGGUGGUUGUGUGUGUUCGUGGUGGUGGAAGGGUUUGCUUUAGGUUGUGGUGGCUUCUAAUUGGCUUACCUACCCCACUAAGAAACUUGUAAAGAGUGACAAAACUCUGCUUCCAACCAAGCCUAAAUGACUGGGCUCCACUUCUUUCUUGGCAUCCUAAGGUUGAUUGAUUGAGGACACGAUGGCCACUCGGCAGUUGACGGUCGUAAAUUGUUACCAGUAUUUUAUGCAUACCUAAAAUUCUGCCUCUGUACGAAAAUGACGUUUUCGUAUUCUCCUCGUAAUGGAAGAGCUUGAGGGAAUCAAAGACCUCGUCAAUCAUCGGUGACGAGAUAGAUAGGUAUUGAGAAGAAAGAAAUGGUUGGUUUCGGGGCUAAUCGAGGGUCCCAAGAGGGUGACUCCUCAACUAUUAUGAGCCUCUCCGUCAGCAAAUACAACUAGGACACUCAGGCGAUUACUCAAGUUGACAAGGAAAGCCGAAUGAUAGAUAUAAUAUUCGUGUCUUGAAUCAUACAAGGUUCACGUUCCAUGCUGUACAAUUAUGGAUAACUUUCUAAGCAUCUCACAUGUACAUACGUCUGUAAUAUUCUGGAUUCUAGUCUGAGGAUCCAAAAGCACGACACGGGCACGCCGACAUGGUGCUCUCGAUCUCUGCAUCACGUAAGAGAAGAUGAUUAUGCUGAUCUUGUCUCCGACCUAUCAAAAAGUACUCGGUCUCAAAAUCGCUGUUUUUAUUCAUAGAUAAGAUCAUUCUUCACAUGAUAGUAUAUUAUAGCCUCUCAAACUGAUAUAGCCAACCCACCACUGAUUCCAGAAACGAACCAAAAUUCCCAUCUACCUUUCUUCUCUUCUCUGCAUAAACCUCCUCAAAUGGGUCGUUGCUACGCUUUCUCCAUCAAUUCUUUCAGCUCAUUCACGUCCAUCAUGUUCAUAAUCCUAGUGAUCAUCAACCCAAUACCGAUUGAAUCGGGUAAGAGCAAGAAGAAAAUGAUACCCAAUGGACCCGUAAUCAACGUGACCAAGUACCUGUCCUUCGCUGAUUUCAACCCAAACGAAAACCCAAGAAUCCACCAGGACAUCAACCUCCUGGGCAGCGCCAUUUUCUCUACUCAAAAGGGUUGCAUCCAAAUCCCUCCCGACACCCCCGGCACCACCGACCUCCGCCACCUCGCUGGCCGUGCCAUUCACUCCUCCCCUAUCCGCCUCUUCGACCCCCUCACCUCCAUCCCAGCCUCUUUUUCCACCACCUUUUCAUUCCAAUUCAACACCACCAAUUCUACAGUCGUCGAUGGUGGCAGCGGGCUCACCUUCAUCAUAGUCCCUGACGAGUUCACCGUGGGCCGACCCGGCCCAUGGUUAGGCAUGCUCAACGACGUCUGCGACGAAGAGUACAAAGCCAUCGGGAUCGAGUUCGAUACCCGUAAGAACCUCGAAUUCGGAGACCCCAAUGAUAACCACGUGGGCAUCAACUUGGCCAGCGUUGUUUCUUCCACGACAAUCGACGCCUCCGAAUUCGGCAUUUUCUUAAGAGACGGGUCCGUGCACCGCGCCUGGGUUAACUACGACGGCCCCAACCGGCGCAUGGACGUCCGGUUGGGCCCCGACACCGAAACUUAUCCCCAGAAACCGGUUUUUUCCGGUCGUGUCGACCUCUCCCCCUUUUUGAAAGAGUACAUGUUUGUUGGGUUCUCUGCUUCAACUGGAAACUUCACCCAAAUCCACAACAUAUUAUCUUGGAAUUUCACUUCAACAAGUCAGGCUUUUCUUCGUAUCCCUUCGGUCGAGACAUGUGAGACUAAAAUCAUUCUAGAACAGAAGAUUGCUCACAGGAAAACCCCAACCAGCUUCUUGAUUUUCUUGGCCGUGGUUGUGCUCGUUCUCGUAAUUCUCCUGAAUCUCUAUCUCACCAGCAAGCGUAAGCGGGGGAACACGAAUGGUAGCGGCGUAGUGAUACCCGAGAAAAAGGAGAGACCGGGGCCGCCGAACAAGCCUCGGCGAUUCACAAUCGCCGAGCUUCAGUCGGCGACCCGGUCUUUUAACGAGUCGCAAGAACUUGGUAGCGACUCCAGAGGCACUACGUACAAAGGGGUAAUUUCGAACGGGUGUCAAGUUGCCAUGAAGCGAUUCUCGACUCAGUUUCUUGACUCACCCGGGCUCGACAAACGGCGACUCGGCAAGGAAAUAAGCGGAGUAAGCAAACUUCGCCACCCGAAUUUGGUUCCCGUCAGAGGGUGGUGUCUCGACGGCCGUGAGGUCAUAGUGGUGUAUGAUUACGUACAGAAUGGGAGUAUAGACAGGUGGUUGUUUGGGGUGGGGGUUUUGCCGUGGACUCGGCGGUUCAAGGUGGUAAAGGACGUAGCUGACUCACUGAGUUACCUCCACUCGAAGCAACUCGCUCACAAGAACGUGAAGACCAGCAGCGUUUUCCUCGACGUGAGCUUCAGAGCCGUGUUGGGUGACUACGGGUUCGUCCUCGACUCGGCGGAGUCGAGGCGGUUCGAGUCGGCUGUGAGUCAGACCGCGGACGUCUUCGAUUUCGGGAUAUUCGUGCUGGAGGUGGUGGCGGGUCGGAGGAGGAGGGGGUCCGGCCCGGGCGAGACGGACCUGUUGGAUUUGGCGUGGGGGAUGCACGAGAGCGACGGGAAGGACAAGUUGGUAGACCGGAGGAUGGGUUCGGUCCUGAACGUGGAGCAGGCGGUUCGGGUCUUGGAAAUCGGGUUGUUGUGCACUUUGAAUGAGAACAAGGGGCGGCCCACGGCGGAGGAGGUGGUGGAGUUUCUGGGUUGGGAAAGACCGGUUCCCGAGUUGCCUCCGAAUCGACCCGUUUCUUUGUUCCCUUACGGUAGCACAACGGGUCUGUGCACUGGGUAUUCUUGUGGGUCCUUCAAGUGAAGCCAUGUGUUACUUUUUUCUAGUUUAAUUUAAUUUUUCAUUUUUAUUCUAGAUAUGGUUGAGAGCUUGAUCCUGUUUUGUAUGGAAAUUAAGUAAAACAGGAAUGUCUAGUUGAUUAAAAACAAUAAUAUAUCAAGUGAAAAAAAUUAGCCACUUUUCGUGUUUUUAACUUAUUAUUAAUAAGAAAAAUUGACUUUUGGUAUC